UGAGCAGCCUACUCCCUCAGCGUAUUGCUCGAGAAGACUUCCAGCACGACCAGCAGAGUCAGCAGACGAUGGGCCCUCCUCCACCACCUCCACCGCCACCAGGUCCACCUGCUCCUCCACCUCCUCCUGCUGUAGGCGCGCCGCUUCCCAAAGUCACGCCAGAUAGGAAAGGCCUGCUCAGUGAUAUCGCCAAGGGCAAGCAGCUCAAGAAGGCAGUAACCAAUGAUCGCAGUGCACCGACUGUCGGUGGAAGUGUUGCUGCUGGUCAUGCACCGGCAGCGUCAGGUCUAGGACGACCGCCUGCGAUACCAGGCUUGGCACCACCUGCCAUAACGAGACCACGCGCUGGCAGUGAUGUUCCUGCACCUGUUCCAUCCAAUACUGCACCGCCUGCACUCGGCGGCUUAUUUGCCGGUGGCAUGCCGACAUUGAAGAAGACGAGCCAUGCUGCACGGCUUGCUGGCGAUGGACCAGCUGCAGUCUCUUCAGGGAAUCGCUCCGUCUCGCAGCCAGUCGCGAGACCACCGCCGCUGCCUGGUCAUAAUCCUCCCUCUACGAUUCCUGCAAAGAAACCGGCUAUGCCUAGCCAUCGGCCAAGUGCAUCUCUGAGUAGUGCACCGCCGCUCCCACCAUCUGCUGCACCACUUAUACCUGGUUCUGCGCCGCCUGUUCCUGGACUACCGAGCAAAAGGCCGACGAAUGCACCCCCAGCACGGCCUACAACGAUGGCACCACCUGCACCGAGAGCUGGUGGGCCGCCUCCGUUGCCUAGUACUCAACCACCAUCACUACCAAGCUCAGGGCCACCUCCGCCGCCCUCUGCACCAGCAACCCCUGUAGCACAGCAGAGUAUACCACCGCCUCCUCCGCCUCCUUCGGUCUCUGCUCCUCCACCUCUACGUGCGCAACCCCCUCAACCGGGGCUUUCUGCUCCCUUACUACCGGCUGGCAGGGCACCCUCACCGAAUCGGGCGCCGCCAUUACCUAGUACGAAUGCACCGCCGCCGCCGCCCUCUGCACCUGCUCCUGCUCCUCGCAUUGCUGCUAGUCAAAUGCAAACACAUGAUCAGACUGGCUUCGAUGGGCUCUCUGCGGCUCUGGCAGAACGUAAUGCCGGUCGUUCACCCAAUGUCUCACGACCAAGUUCUUUACCCCCUGCAGCGUCCAACACGGCGAAUCAUGGGAGUACGUAUGGGAAUGGAGCGGGCGGUGGGUAUUCGCUGAAACCGGCACAGAUCCAGCGUGUGGAGGAUGGGGGUCGCUUUAAAUUUGAGGCGGUUGGGUCAUUGCCUGUGCCGCGUGCGUAUAUGAACCGGCCUAAAGUAUUUCGGAGUGGGAGGCCUGGUGGUUCGACUGUUCCGUUGGAUCUGGGUAGGUAUAGGUAGGUAGCUUCGCAUCACUUCCUGGCGUUCCACCCUCUGUAUCCCUCUAACAGUACCUAUAUGAUCUCUGUGUGUUGCUUGCAAUAAUUUCCCCUGAGUCAAGUUUGCGCAGAAGA